CAUGUUUUGGUAAAUUUUCUGUCAUCACAUGUGUUUAUCGAAAUCUAAAUUUUACUAAUUUUAAAUUAAAAUAAUGUCUGCUGACCCAUUAAACGAGCUAGUGCAGUUCCUGCAACCAGAAUCGAGACUAGAUUUGAAACAUAUAUCGGUGGACCAUUUAGUAGGGCUUUCUGGAGGGGACGAAGGUGUAAAGACACUGCUGAAGAACGAAAGAGUAAUCGGGUCUAUAAUCGAACUUACAGACGAUAAAGUCGAAGAAAUCGCUAAAAAUGCCCUUCUAAUACUCGUCAACGUCACAGCCCAUCCAGACGGAGCUAAAGAGAUCAUCAAAUACAAGCCAGACUUGCACAAAAAUGUUAUUGAAUUACUUAUAGGUUAUGUUAUGAAUCCGAACAAAAAGGAUGCUGAUGCGGCCUGCAUGGUGCUCUCCAACAUCACGAGGCUAGAGGACGAGCUGGAUCUCUGCCUCGAGACAUUCAUGCCACAUUUGAACGACCUAUUGACUGUCUUUGCAAAUGUUGACUUCAACAAAAAAGGAUCAAACUUAAACUACCUAGCACCAAUGUUUAGCAACCUCAGCCGAAGCCCCAGAGUACAAAAAUGGCUAACAGAAGAGAACCCUCACAUUCCACUGAUCAAACUGCUACCAUUCUGCAAUUACGAACAUUCUAACAUAAGACGUGGAGGGGCUAUAGGCACCGUACGUAACAUUUCAUUUUCGGCUGAAUACCACAACUUCUUACUCAGUCUAGACUUGGAUUUGCUGACGUACCUGCUGACACCGCUAAUGGGCAACGAGGAGUAUCCAGAUGAUGAGAUGGACACUUUACCAAUAGCAUUACAAUACUUACCCAAAGAGAAGAAACGGGAAAACAAUGUAGAUAUACGUCAAAUGGUUGUUGAAACACUGAACAGGCUUUGUUCUAAGAAGAAUAACCGAGAAAUUUUAAGGAAGAAUGGUGUUUAUUACGUGCUAAGGGAGUACCACAAGUGGGAGAAAGAUCCUAAGGCGUUGCUGGCGUGCGAGAAUGUUGUGGACAUUUUGAUUCGCAAAGAAGAAGAGAUUGGUCUAGAAGACAUCAACUCGGUUGAGGUACCGGAGGAUAUGACGGAGAAAUUUGAGAAGAUGGAUGAGGAGUUUAUAAAUAGUGUAAAUAAUGAUGAAUAAAUUUUAUUUUUUGUUACUGUU